AUGGGGGAUUCUCUGGUCAUUCAAUCUGAUUUUAUUGCUAAACUGAUAACCAAGGUUAUAAAAAAUCACGAUGGCUAUCUCGACUGUUGCAAAAUCCAGCAUUACCCAUACCAAACUAACGACGGUACCCUCGAAACUUGGAUCCAAUCACUAACACAAGUGAAACACACGCAUCUUCUCGCACUUGUAAACAUUCAUGGUAACCGUGGACCCAAUGUGCUCCAACUGUCCCCAAACAUAUUCUCCCAUCCAUCUCUCAUAUGCCUCUUCUUAUUUGGAUACUAUUUAGAAUCUGCACAUGCCUUCAACAAUUGUCAUAAUCUCACGACUCUUAAACUUGAUAAAAUUUACGUUGAGGUUGGUGUGUUCAACACAGUCAUUGCAUCUUGUCCCUCUCUCAAGGUGUUGGUAAUAGACAUCACGUGGUACAACCCAAAAGGUUGUUUAAAGAUUCAUCACAAUAAUCUAAAGCUAUUGCAUUUGGCUUGCACUUACAUUGAUUUCAUUGAUGUGUCCACACCUCUAUUGGAUAUCUUGGCCAUUCAAUGUGUUCUUGUUAUGAGAAGUAACUUCCUUCUUAGAGCCCCUAGAAUACUCGGACUAAAGAAAGACCAUUGGAUUCUAGACGAAAGUAUACCUCACAUAUACUACAAUGUUUCAUCUGAUGCUCAGGAGAUCGAAAAUAAUUGGCAUGAAUUCAUGGUGAACAAAUAUACUUACGAUUUGAUGAGGUUUAAAACUUUGGCCGUGAAUGUGGAUUUGAAGAAUCCUCGAGAAGUUUCUAUGCUAAAGGAUGUUUGUGAUGCGUGGAGUACAAAUAUGGAAAACCUCGAGAUCUUUUUUAAGCGUAACAACGUUCUUAAAGAAGAAGGUGAAUCUUCUAUUGGCAAAGCACAAGAAAAGAAGUCAAAAGAAAGGAGUUUCUUUUUCCGUGCUGAUUUUCGCGUGAGAGUUGUAUGGAUGUAUAACUUGGGGGAUUUCGAUAAGGAAGAAUUUGCGUUAGCUUCAGUUUUGGUGAGACAAGAAACAGUGACGUAUAAGUUGAUGAUCGAGACGUCGUCGAUUCCUGCAAACAAGAAGUUGAAGAUAGAAGUGGCAAUGGCCAAACUAAUGGAUCUUUCAAAAGGUAACAAGGAGCUUAUUAUCGAAUGCUUUUGA